GGGAGCUAGAGUAACCAUGACAAAAGGCACCAAGAAAACUAGCAAGAAUACAUGGGAAAAGAUAAGUAGUAUUAAAUAUAAAAGAAGACAGAUCUAGAUUGCUAUAUUACAUAUACCUUAAAAUUUCUUCUAAACUGAGGCAUUGAAAAGAUUAAGGAUGGGAAAUCGAUUGAGAGGAAUGAUUAUGGCGACGAUGGUUGUAGGAUGGACUACUCUUUACAUGCAGGUAGCAACUCAACAAUUUGAAGCCAUGUUUGUUUUUGGAGAUUCAUUGAUAGAUCCGGGGAACAAUAACUUUCUAGUAGAUUCAAUGGCAAAAGCUAAUUAUAUUCCAUACGGUGUUGAUUUCCAAGGUCCUACUGGAAGAUUCUCUAAUGGGAAAACCAUAAUCGAUUUUCUUGGGGAAAUGUUGGGGCUUCCUCUUAUUCCAGCCUAUACAGAUCCAUCGGCAACCGGAAGCAACAUUCUCAAAGGAAUAAAUUAUGCUUCAGCUUCAGCUGGAAUCCUUGAUGAGACCGGCCAAAACCUUGGCGGAAGAUUCACCUUUUCCGAGCAGAUUCAAAAUUUUGAAAGGACCUGGAAUCAAUUAAAGAGCAAGAUGGGGGAGCAAGACUUGAAGAGUUAUUUGAACAAGUCCUUAGUGGUUAUUUCUAUUGGUAGUAAUGACUACAUCAAUAAUUACCUUCAACCUUCAUUUUACACCACUAGCUACUUGUACAAUCCUACAGAUUAUGCCGAUCUUCUCAUCAAGCGCUUUUCGAAGCAAAUCCCGGUACUACAUGGUUUGGGGCUUCGCAAGUUCAUACUGGCUGGAAUUGGACCACUUGGUUGCAUCCCAAACCAAGUGACAACCAUGUUACCACAACAAGGACAAUGUUUGUCACGUGUAAAUGAUAUGGUGCUGCAGUUCAAUUCACGACUAAGGACCCUUGUAGAUCAAUUCAACCAAGACUUGGUUGCCUCAAAGUUUAUUUAUGGAAAUACUUUUGAAGCAUUUAACAACAUAAUCACAAAUGCAUCGUCUUAUGGAUUUAUUGUAAAAGAUAUGGGGUGUUGUGGGAUCGCGAAGCAGAUAACAUGUCUUCCAUUUAGCGUCCCAUGUCCAGAUAGAACCAAAUAUAUUUUUUGGGAUGCAUUUCAUCCAACAGAAGCUGUUAAUCACAUUCUAGCUAACAAUGCUUAUUCUGGACCACCUUCUCUCUGUUAUCCAAUGAACCUUCAACAAUUGGCACAACUAUGAGAGUAGCACUUGAUGUCCAUUUCAUUUCAUUAUAUAAAUACAAAUCUACUAUUGUGCUCGUGUUGUAUCCUUAU